AUGCAGGCACCUCCUUCAACAGGUACUCUCGGACACAUUGGCUCGAAGGGUUGUUCGCCUGGCCGUCGGCUAAAGAAGGAGGUCUUUGAUGCGCCAACAGCCAAGACGACGAAGGGUUGCUACCGUGCGCUGCGAAAGGCCAUUCGGUCGACGGGCAAGAACGUGCUGGUGCACGCGCUGGCCUUCACGUCGUUCCACGACUUUGAGUUCCUCAACACUAUCCGCAGGGAUCUGGGCACCGUGGAGGGCGGCUUUCAGUGUCCCAAGUGCGAGAAGGGCGUGUUGUCGUACGAGGACGGCGCCUACCUCUGCCGGCACAAGGCCACCGAGUGGAGCAGCUGCACGUUCGCGGCCAAGGACGACGAGGUCGACCGUCUCCCCUGGAAGAACCCCAAGUGGUGGGCCGGGAAGAUGAAGGACGACAGCAAGAAGCGCAAGGCCGCCACCAAGGGCAUCAAGCGUGGCGCUGCGUCCGAGGCCAAGAGCCAGACGUCGUCCAAGCGGAGGAAGGUCGAGUCCGAGGAGGAGGAGGAGCCCUCGGGUCCCGUGUUCGAGGGCGUCAAGUUCGUGCUGCUCGGCGAGCUGUCCAAGCCCCAUGACGACUGGUCAAGGAGCACGGCAGCUCUGUCCUCGAUAAGCGUGGGUCUUAUAGUCAAGACGGGCGUCCGCUUCAUCGCGGCCUCCCGUGACGGCAUCUCCAAGAACCAGGACGUCAUCAAGAAGGCCAUUGAGAAGCAGGUCCCCGUGCUCCACGAGGACUUCCUGCACGACACCAUCUACAACGCCAUGCUCAACUACGAGCCGGUGCUCCUUUGCCGCCUCCUCACUAUGGCCGUCCUUGAGCGCAAACGAGCUCUUGAUCAGAUUCCUAUCGACAUUGCCCGCGCCAGCCAGCUUGUUCACGUUGGCCUCAAUCAGGUCGGCCAGCAGCACCGUUUCCUCCACUGCGGCCUGUAUCGCCAUAAUAAGUAA